GAAAAAAUCAAACAUUUAUAAAAAAAUCCCACUGACCAAGCCAAAGAAGGUCACUUUUAAAGUUCUUAUUAGAAGAAACCCUCCUCUCUUCUCUCUCUCUCUCACGACUUAAAGUAGCAGCAGAAUCUAGGGUUUGUUAACAGUGAAUUCCUUUGGAUUCCACCCCUCCCUUCCUGAGUAACCAAGAAAAGCAACAACCUUUUAAGCAAAUGGCAACUGAGAAUCCUAUUAGAAUGUCUGGGAGCAAUGAGAGAUGGUCUAACUCUGUUCCUAACCGAAGUGGAAGUGCUCCUCCGAGCAUGGAGGGAUCUUUUCGAGCCGUUGAUAAUCUAUUGUCACGGCAGGGCAGCUCCGGUUAUACUAACCUGAACCGCACACCUUCUCCACCUGUCUAUUACCCUGCUCAGUAUCAUCAGUUCGUAGACAAUCGUGUAGGUAGUAGAUUGUAUAAAGUUAAGUCUCCAGUUCACUUGUCCCAAGGUGCACUUUCUACUCACAAGGAAGUGUCUGAGGAUGAAAGCUCUCAGCAGCUAUCUGUUAUUAGUUUUUCCGAUAUGACAAAUGCUGUGGAAGAAGAGUUGAGACAGGAUGAUAGUAGUGAGUCUAACUCUUCAACUGGUGAAAUGAACAUAGCGGAUGAGAGUGGUAAUGUCUCGGAGACAUCAGAUGAUGCUGCUGUAGUGACUAGAGCUUCCGCUGUCACUGAGAAGACUCCUGAUGAGUCAACCAUCAUCUCUAAGAUGAAGAAUGUCAACAUAUCUGGACCUGGAACGCCCAGAUACCCUCGAGAGCCAAGGAAUACAAGGCCAGAAAGGCAGGUUUUUCAACAACAAAAUAAUCUAACAUGGGUUCAAGGUGGCGGCAAAAUGAGUUAUCAUGCGGUUAACGGGACCGGACAGUUUCCUUAUGGUCAACAUGUGCUUCAGUCUCCAGGAUUUAAGCCUCCUCCUCAGCUUUACGUUCCAACUCAAACGGCUUACGUGACUUCACCAGCGCAAGUCUACAACAUGCAGUCUCCUCCUGUUUACUCUCCUCAAUAUGGUUAUGGACCUUACACUAACAUGAGCCCACACCCACAGUUCAUACCUGGAGGAUACCCUUCACAUGGUUCCGUUCCGCUUAUUGUCGGUCCAAGUGCGGGAGGUGAAAUGCAGUAUGCUCAGAAGUUCUAUGCUCCACAGGGCCAGCCUUCGUUUCCAGAUCCUAUGUAUAUGCAGUACAGUCAACAGCCAUUCGGGCAGAUGGAGCCUCCUAGGGGGUACCAUAAGAAUGGUCCUGAGCCUCAGAAGUUUGUCCGGGGAAUAAGGGGGCCGCCGAGUAACUCUAAUAUGGGUAGAAUGGGUCUUAGUUAUCAUGGAGUUCAGCCAAAUAUGGGCAUUAUGGUGCAGUAUCUGCCUGCACAGCCCGGUGCUCCUCUUUCACCCGGCUCUCUUCCCUAUGUAGAGGCAUCAUAUCCUGGGUGGCAGCCACAUGGCAAUGGUCCGAGGUUGUGCAAUUUUCUUGAAGAGCUGAAGUCUGGAAAAGGCAGGAGGUUUGGUUUAUCAGACAUCACAGGGCACGUUGUUGAGUUCAGGCAAGUUUUUCACGAGUCUUUGUCUUUGGUUUCUUCUCAAUUUAACUUUACUAAAACCUUCUGUUUUCUUUUCAGUGCGGAUCAGCACGGGAGCCGGUUCAUUCAGCAAAAGCUUGAGCAUUGUAAUCCAGAAGAGAAAGCAGCUGUCUUUAGGGAGAUUCUCCCACAUGCUUGCAAACUUAUGACUGAUGUGUUUGGCAAUUAUGUCAUUCAGAAGUUUUUCGAAUACGGAAACCCAUCACAGAGGAAGGAACUCGCUGAUCAACUCAUGGGACAGAUAGUACCACUUAGUCUGCAGAUGUACGGUUGUAGAGUGAUACAAAAGGCUCUUGAUGUCAUAGAACCUGAUCAGAGAGUUCGUUUAGCACGUGAACUUGACGGACAGGUCAUGAGAUGUGUUCGAGACCAAAACGGAAACCAUGUGAUCCAGAAAUGCAUCGAGAAUAUCUCUGCAGACAGAGUUGGAUUCAUGUUAGCUGCAUUCCGUGGUCAAGUUUCCUCGCUCUCUAUGCAUCCUUAUGGCUGCCGUGUCAUACAGAGGCUUCUGGAGCGUUGCGCAAAUGAGCAUCAGUGUCAGUUCAUCACCGAGGAGAUACUGGAAUCUGUAUGCGUCCUUUCCAAGGACCAAUAUGGAAAUUAUGUCACACAGCAUGUCUUGGAGAAAGGGACAUCUAAAGAACGUGAGAGAAUCGUGAGGAAACUAUCAGGGCACAUUGUGCAGCUUAGCCUACACAAAUUUGCAUCAAAUGUUAUAGAGAAGUGCCUGGAGCAUGGUGGCAGAAUUGAGCGGGACCUUAUUAUCGAAGAGAUUGCAGGGCCCGACGAGAGCUAUGAUAGUCUAUUGAUGAUGAUGAAGGACCAGUAUGGAAACUACGUGGUGCAGAAGAUAUUUGAGACGUGUACUGUUGAGCAGCGUGCAGCAUUGUCCAGCCGAGUCAGGAUGCACGCUUCUGCUUUGAAGAAAUACACAUAUGGCAAACAUAUUGUUACUCGUUUAGAACAGCCCUUUGCUGAAGGAAGCCGAGAAUCGAGGCGAUGAAUGGCUCUUCUGAUUCAAGGCAAGUGGCUGACUGAGAUUUAGUUGAUGAUACAAUUGGCUUUUCAUAGAAGCUGGAGAUUCUCUGCAUUGGAAAUGUUAAGAGUUGACAAUCAUUGUGGAAGCAAUUGGUUGUGAAGAAGAAACGUAUCAGUAGAUUGUGUGGGCAUGUUGGUAAAUAUUGAAAAAUGUAUCAGUAGUACUGUAGCUGGUUUGUGGAUUCAUCAAAGACAAUUCCAGAACUUUUCUAAACAGUAUCAUUACUGAUUCCAUGCUAGUCGUUAUACAGCCUAGUUCCAUGAA